AUGAAGUGUGCCAGUCGCGGAUUGGAGUGUCCUGGCUUCAAGACAGUGUACCUCAAGUGGAACCAAGGCAUCGCAAGCAGGGGCCGCCUGGCGGGCAAGUCGGUUCCCAUUGCCAAAGGGACACGGAAACAGGUUGGCAAACAGAGGCCGUUGUGUCAAGAUGAGAGCCCUGGCGGAGAGACAUGUGCCGACAAAGAUGGACAAGCGUCCGACACCAGCUCUUUGUCUCGAGAUGCCCCGGCAUCGACAGUGUACGAGCUGACCCCGGCGCUUUCCCUCCAAGAAGCCAAACAUGUCGUCGAUCCAUUCCUCAGCACAUCUAUAUUCAAUAGACUCGUUGAUCAUUUCUGCACAAAGGCAGUCUCCCGGCUUACCUGGAUCGAUCGGCCGCGCCAUCCGUUGCGCACCAUUGUCCGCCGCCUCCUUCAGACUUCGGCAUGCGUGCAAUUUUCCGUGGGCUCCCUUGCCGCUGCCCACAUGUCCAUGGUGCUGGACACGCCUCACGAUCAAUCAAAGGCCCUGUUCAAGACGUAUGUGUCGUUGCGCGACAAGAGUAUGCAGGCGCUGAGCAGCAAGCUGCGCUCGGGGUUGCCAACUCCGUCCCACGUGGCCCCAAGUGCUUCCACAAACUUCACGCUUACCGAGGUCCUUGCCUCUAUGCUUGUGCUUUGCUACACCGAGGCCCUUGUUCCAGGUUCCAAGGCAUGGAGGCUUCACCUCCGUGGAUGUCGAGCCGUCAUCGACCUGCAGUCGCUAGAGCAUUGGUUCGCGGCAUCCACAGACCCCAUCAUCAGGUUCUUGCUCAAGGAGGUAUCAGACCUGGAAAUGUUUACUGGCAUUUCCAUGUUUCACCAGGAUUUCGCUCCCCUGCCGACGUCGCCGCUGCAGCCGGAAAGCACAGACACGGGCUGGGCAUUUACCAAGCUGAUACACGCCAUCACGGCGCUGGAGAGGGAAAGACACUGCUUGCGAGAAUCCAACGUGCCGCCCCCCAAUGUCGACAUGAGCGUCUGGAGCAAUAGGGCUGAAGAGGCCCGUAUCAGCUCUUUGGCCUGCACUGACUGGCUGAAUGAAAGUCAGCGCAGCUUGCGUGAAUCGUUUGAAGCUGUCGCGCGGGCGCACUACUUUGCCGCUAUAAUCUACAGCUAUCAAGCGUUUCAAACGUGCCAUGAGAAAAGGGCAGCGCUCCCUGGGCUUCUGCAACCUCUGCUGGCCGAUGUUCGUUUUGUCAUGGCCGGGCCGACAGACGAGCUGUUUCACGAUCUGUUCUUCCCGCUCUUUAUUGCUGGCAUUGAGAGCGCCUCUGACCCCUUGAUGAGGGCAGAAAUUGAUGGACUUUUUCUCGAAUCGCUUUCGCGAACCGGCGUAUGGUGCAAUUAUACCGCCUUGCAGUUCCUAAGGUCGUUUUGGAGCGCCACGUCUACUCUGCAAGAGCCCAUGAACUGGAUGGAUUUUGCCCGGCAAAACUUGUCAGUGAUGGAGCCAUUUAUUGUUUUUUGA